AUUUGACAAAUCCGUCAUAUCAUUCAUAAAUUCAUACAUUCCAUAAAUUUUUUUUAAUCAAUAAAUAAAAAAUUAACCAGUACCAAUAUGUCAUUAAACACAGCACAUUUAAAUGGCGAAGUGUUUCUAGACAAAGGAGAGAAGAUUUUGUUGUGUUCGGAUGGUGUAACACUAGUAUGGUGUGGGCAAAAAUCUGCGGUUUUUCAAGGUACUAAAACAGGAAUCUUAUAUCUCACUACCAAUCGCUUAAUUUUUAUAAGCAAGCCAGGGUUAAACAAAAUGAUCAGUUUUAGUUUCCCUUUCGAAUCACUUAGUGAAGUUGAGAUAGAACAACCUAGUUUUAGUGCAAAUUAUAUUAAAGGAAAAGUCAGAGCACAACGGGAUGGAAAUUGGACAGGAGAAGCCAAAUUUAAGAUAACUUUCAAGAAAGGGGGUGCUAUAGAAUUUGGCGAGGCUAUGAAAAGAGUUGCUCGAUUGGCUUUUUGUGUUGUGAAACAAACUCCACCACCGUAUGUUGCUCUUCCAGCUGUCUACGGCCUCCAUUCACAAGAAACAGAUUCUGCAGAAGUUGGACGAUCGGUCUACUCUUAUCCGAAUAAAUCUCUAAUGAAUAAUGAUAUUCCUCCACCAGCUUAUAAGAGUUUAUUAACAAAAGAAGAAAAAUAAAAAGUAACAACCCUAGUCACAAGAUUAGGCAGCCUAAUUAUGCUAUAACCUAUUUAAAUAAUAUCCUUUUAUCCAAUGAAAACUGAUGUCCUUAUUUCAAAUUAUAACUACUUUAUUUAUCCUUUUUUAUUUUAUUUGUCAAAAUAAAAUCAAAAAUUUAG